AUGCGCCCCGCCACGGCGACAGCGGCGCCUGUCCGCCUGGCACGCGCAACACGACAGUAUCGAGGCAUCACAGGACCGCACUGCCUCGCUGGCCGAUCGCAACCUUUGACUACUCUGCAAUCAAGAUCAUACGCGAAUGUCCCCCCGCGGUCCCAAGCCCGAACCUCCCUGACGCCGUUCUUCUUCGACGCCCACAAGGCCCCCAAGGCUUCUGUCCGGCCCAUAUCCGGAAAGCCUCUACCCCAGGUCAAGUCAAGGGCCUGGAACUUUGCCUAUCGGGCGGCAGCCUGGAACCUGCCAAUCGCCGAAGUCUUCAUCGACGACUCUGACCAUGAGACGAAGCAGAAUCAGAAGGACAAGCCCAAGCUCGUCAUCCUCGGUGGCGGAUGGGGUGGCGUUGCCAUGCUCAAGGCGCUGCACCCCGAUGACUACCACGUGACGGUCAUCUCGCCCAAGAACUACUUUCUUUUCACGCCCAUGCUGCCCUCCGCCACUGUCGGCACCCUGGAGCUCCGCUCUCUCGUUGAGCCUAUCCGCAGAGUUCUCGCCCGUGUCAAUGGACACUUUGUUCGCGCCAAGGCGGAGAACGUCGAGUUCUCCCACAAGCUCGUCGAGGUGUCUCAAGAGGACAAGCAAGGGAACGUGACGAGAUUCUACGUUCCAUACGACAAGCUUGUCAUUGCCGUGGGUUCAACGACGAACCCCCACGGUGUCAAGGGACUGGAGAACGCCCACUUUCUCAAGGACAUCAACGAUGCGCGGUUGAUCCGCAACUCGAUCAUCCGCAACCUCGAAAAGUCUUGCCUACCGACAACCACCGAUGAGGAGCGCAAACGCCUCCUAUCUUUCGUCGUCAGCGGCGGCGGCCCCACGGGUGUCGAGUUCGCGGCUGAGCUCUUCGACCUUUUGAACGAGGACCUGACGGAGAACUUCCCUCGCCUCCUGCGCAACCAAAUCUCGGUGCACCUGAUCCAGAGCCGUAGUCACAUCCUCAACACCUAUGACGAGGCAGUCUCCAAGUAUGCCGAAGCUCGUUUUGCACGCGACCAGGUUGACGUACAAAUCAACUCUCGCGUUCAGGAGGUCCAGCCCGACAAAAUCAUCUACACACAGCGACAGGAUGACGGUAGCAUCGUCACGAAAGAGAUCCCCAUGGGCUUCUGCCUCUGGUCCACUGGUGUUUCUCAGACGGAAUUCUGCAAACGUCUCUCGGAAAAGCUAGGCAGCAUGCAGACGAACCGGCAUGCCCUCGAGACGGACACCCAUCUUCGCCUCAACGGUGCGCCCCUGGGCGAUGUCUAUGCCAUUGGCGAUUGCUCUACGGUCCAGAACAACGUUGCCGAUCAUAUCGUGACAUUCCUCCGUAACCUUGCAUGGAAGCGCGGCAAGGACCCCGAGACCCUUGAACUGCAUUUCAGCGACUGGCGUGACGUCGCCUCUGACAUUAAGAAGCGAUUCCCACAAGCUAUUGGCCACCUGAAGCGCGUUGACAAGCUGUUUGCUCAGUUUGACAAGGAUCAGUCCGGUACCCUCGACUUUGGCGAACUUCGGGAGCUGCUGAAGCAGAUUGACUCCAAGCUCACCAGUUUGCCCGCAACGGCUCAGCGUGCUCACCAACAAGGCCAGUAUCUUGCGCACAAGUUCAACAAGAUGGCACGCACAGCCGACGCGCUGAGGCAGAACGAGAUCCAGGACGGCGACAUUGACACUGUUGUCUACAGGGCGUUUGAGUACCACCACCUCGGCAGCCUGGCCUAUAUCGGCAACUCGGCCGUGUUCGAUCUCGGCCAGGGCUGGAAUAUUACGGGCGGAUUGUGGGCUGUGUACGCCUGGCGUUCGGUGUAUUUCGCGCAGAGCGUGAGUUUCCGCACGAGGAUGCUGCUGGCAAUGGACUGGGCGAAGCGGGGUUUGUUCGGCAGAGAUUUGGUUGCGUAUUAG